GCCACAAAUCUUGCAACUGUCUCUGCUGCGGCUGGACAUUUCCCAAAACGCCGUUCGGUGGAUUUCCGCCUCCUAUCGGUGACUUGGCUGCUCCACCCUUUCCAUAUGACGAGACAUGGCGGCCAUGUUGGGAAGGUCGACGUUCCCGGAGAAGUCAAUGCACGGACACCGAAAGGAUGACGCAAACUCAUUGGAUUUUCACGACGUGUUGUUGCUGUUUCGUCAGCACCAAAAAGCGUAUUCUAUCAAUCCAAAGAGAAGCAAUGUAUUUUUUCCUGACUUUUGAGAGGGACUCCCUGUUUUCCCUUGUCGUAAUUGUACUCCGUUUUACGCCUUCCUCGGCCUUUGACCUCCUGCAAUUUGGCCACAGAUUGCUGCAUCUGUGGCGUUCACGCAAAGGAGUCUGGCGCCUUUUGUGGCCGGUCCGCGGAAGUGACGUCAUUCCGCGAGCUCGGAGGAGCCAGCUCUCGCGGGUGCGUCGCCCCCAUUCGGCCAGCCGCCGCCGAUGUCGUUCCUCCUUCCACGGCAUCGUAUUUGGUUCGAAACGGCUUGUUUUGGCGACUGGUCAAUACGCAGUAUGUUCAUAUAACUUAUUACUUUGGUGUAUCGAUUGUAUAUUCUAUACAUCGAAAACAAUGAGGCAACAGCAGAAAGUGACCGAUAGGAGGCAGCAGUGUAGCAACAGCGCCUUAUUUACUGCAGGCGAACCAGCGAAGAAGCCCGACAUUAGCAUCUCGCCGCGCUUCCAAACUUCUGCGCUUAGCUUAGCUCGUUAGAGGCCUAACAAAGACGCGCGGAAGUUAGCGACACACGCUAACGCUUGUGAUUAGUUUUGUUGUUGUUGUUGAGCGAAAAUGUGCAAGGUGAAAAUGCUGCGAGCUGUGGUGGACCAGCGGCUGGGCGCGGCCGUGGAGGAAAUCUUCGCGCUGCUGGAGAGAACCAUACGAGAGUACGACGAGGAACUUGCCAGAAGCAAGCAGGAGAACCGGCGGCAGCGUCAAGUCCUCGACGCCCUUCUGAAAGCUGGCACGGACUCGCACGCGCCAGACGUCCACCGAGAAGCUCUCCCCGAGCGGCAGCAUGAGCGGAGCUCUGGGGCGGAGGAGUAUGAGGAGCCCGAGGAGCCCGAGGAGCCAGAGGGGCCAGAGGAGCCAGAGGAGCCAGAGCCCGCCCUGGUGAAAGAGGAAACCCUCCGGAUUGACGACGAGGACCAGCCGGAGCAGUUUGAAGGACCGCAUCAGGACGAGGCCGACGCGGACGUGGACGCGAGUGAACUUCCAGUGACGCUUGUCAUCGUGAAGAGCGAAGAAGAGGAAGCAGCAGAAGCCGACGGCAAGGAGGACGAAACCAAAGGUGACGACAAACUCUUCCGAUGUUCUCAAUGCCAAAAAAGCUUUUCUCACCGGAAGAACUUGAAAAGACACACGAGGUGUCACACGGGGGUGAAACUCAUCAGCUGCUCGUUUUGCGGCGAGAGGUUCUCGCAGCGGGAACAUUUGCUCGAACACGGCCGAAUCCACGGCGGGGACAGACCCUUUUCCUGCUCGGUGUGCGACAUGACCUUCCGCUUUCACUCCACCUUCGUCAACCACAUGCGGACGCACACGGGCGAGAAACCGUUCAGCUGCCAGGUGUGCCGCAUGAGCUUCGGCGUCCACUCGUCGCUGCUGAGGCACGCGCGCACGCACUCGGGCGAGAAACCCUUCGCCUGCUCGUUUUGUGACAAAAAGUUCCCCAGAAAGACAAGUUUGAAAGAGCACACCAGGAUCCACACCGGAGAGAAACCUUUCUCCUGCUCCGCGUGCGCCAUGACGUUCCGGUUUCAUUCCAAGCUGGUGAACCACAUGCGGACGCACACGGGCGAGAGGCCGUUCGCCUGCUCCGUGUGCGGCAAAACCUUCGCUCAGAAGGAGCAUCUCAGGAUCCACACGGUCACGCACACGGGAGAAAAAGCCUUCGGCUGCUCCGUGUGCCGUCAGAGAUUCUCGGCCAAGAGCAGCUUGGUGACGCACACGAGGACGCACACGGGCGAGAAGCCCUUCGGCUGUCGGCUGUGCCGGAGACAAUUUGCGUACAAGUACCAGCUGGACAAACACGCGUGUGCUUCUGGCGAGAGCAGCGGCGCUGUUUAG